AUGCAUCCUCACCCUUUCACCAAAUAUGUUUUAUCGUUUUCAAGAAGUGCAGUUAACCUGGCAGUGUUAAAACUGAAUGAACAAGGCCUGUUGGACAAAUUGAAAAACAAGUGGUGGUACGACAAGGGCGAGUGUGGCAGCGGAGGCGGAGGGGAGAAGGACAAGAGCUCUCAGGCCCUGAGCCUGAGCAACGUGGCUGGGGUGUUCUACAUCCUGGUGGGGGGCCUGGGCCUGGCCAUGCUGGUGGCCCUCAUCGAGUUCUGCUACAAGUCCAGAAAUGAAGCCAAGAGAAUGAAGCUGACAUUCACGGAGGCGAUGAGGCACAAGGCUCGUCUGUCCAUCACAGGCAGCGUUGGGGAGAACGGCAGAGUCCUGACCCCCGACUGCCCCAAGGCAGUCCACGCCGGACCCCCCCUACGCCAGAGUUCCGGGCUGGCCCUGGUCUCCUCGGAGCUCCCCUGAAAACCAAAAACUUCCCAAGUGCCUUAUGACAGAACCACCCAGAACCCACCUCCACCAGUGUCCAGUCCAGGACCACCCAGACGUACUCACCCCCACCAGGCAGUGAGGGGAACUCAAUAUCGCUAGGGAACAGGACAGGCUAGCUAGCUAGCGGGAGACAGAACACACACUCCCUGGCAUCACAAACAGACAAACAGGAAGGACUUGUGUUGGGGUUUUUGAAGCUGGGAGGCCAUGCCUCCAGUCACAGACGUUCAAAGGGUAACGCAGCGUGUUUGUAGACCCCGAGAUCUUCCUCACCCUCGGGGAGACGGCAGGAGAAGAGAGGGGCGCUGUGGAUGUGGACGAACGAGACCAGAAAACUGUCAACUUGAAACGUUAACUGUGUAUUUAUGAGGCUGUGAAUUGAACCGCAAUCAAGAUUGUUUUCAAAUCAAAUAGUAUUUGUGAACAGACUAGAGCAGUAUUCAAACAGGGGAAAGAUACUUAACAACCUCACUGGAUAUCAAUAAACCGUGAGUUUAACCCUCACGUUUCGGCAAGUGGGUGAACGAUAUUAGUAUUAAGUAGAACAAUAACUUUAUUGAUAUAAAUGAAUAUAUUAUUAAUAAGCUGUGAAGAUUAGUAAAUAUGUAUAUUCUGUUUAAACAAAACGAAAGAAAAAAAUAUUGCUGUACAUAGCAGACUGAAGUACAUGCUUGCUUUUUAACUGUAAAUAGCAGGUCUAGUAGAGGAUAGAAGAUACCAUCUUUAGAGAAAUGAUUCAUCGCAAUAACGAAGAAGACCAUGCCAGCUCUAACAGACGAGAAACUAAAGGACAAAUGAAUCUCAUAUGUUAGACGUUGGAAACAUACUGUACAGUACAAACGUUAAAUGCUCAGAUUGGGGGAGGGUCUUACCGGUUAUUUACGUGUAAAAGAAUUCAGCAAUGAAUGGUGACCAGCCCCUCCCCCUUACAUAAGCCACACCCCCUCACUGUGCAGUCGUAGACCAGGAAGUGGCAAUAGGACCCACAUUUUUUUCUUUUAUCAAUUGUUUUUGUAACAAGCAGUUUACUGCCCAUGUCGUCAUCGUGAAUGUCUACUGUCGAGGUCUCUCAUCUGGGUACAACCUUUUAGUUUCACAUUUUUGUGGAGACAAAGCAAAGUGUUGAGGAGGGAAAAAAUUUGAAAGAUUCAGAUUUUCUUUCAACUGGUUAUUUUACCAGUUCAAGCUGCUUUUUCCUAUAUCCAGUACUGAAACCUGCUAAGAAGACACCAUGUGGUAUUGAGCCAUAGGCACCUGGGACCUCUGAGACCCAGUUGGGUCCUUGUAGCAGGACAGUGUCAUCCCAACCACAGGGC